GUGCCACUAUCCUGCAUCUCGCAGCCCGCUUUGGUCACCACGAAGUAAUAGACUGGCUACUGCGAUUUGGAGCCAGCGACCCGAUGUUAGCCACGGACACAGGAGCGUUACCUGUUCACUAUGCUGCAGCCAAAGGAGAUUUCCCUUCAUUGCGACUUCUCUUAGGGCACUGUCCAAACAGUGUUAGUGCCCAGACCAAGAAUGGUGCCACUCCCCUCUACCUAGCCUGCCAGGAAGGCCACCUGGAAAUCAUACAGUACUUGGUGAAGGACUGCGGAGCAGAUCCCCACGUGCGCGCCAAUGACGGUAUGACCCCGCUCCACGCGGCUGCUCAGAUGGGCCACAACACCGUCAUCGUCUGGCUGAUGAGCUUCACCAGCAUCAGCCUGUCGGAGCAGGAUGACGACGGCGCGACGGCCAUGCACUUUGCUGCCAGCCGCGGCCACGCCAAAGUGCUGAGCUGGCUGCUCCUGCACGGGGGAGAGAUCACCACCGACCGGUGGGGGGGGACGCCGCUGCACGAUGCUGCUGAGAACGGAGAGCUGGAGUGCUGUCAAAUCCUCGUGGUGAAUGGUGUCAACUUGGGGCUCCGUGACCAGGAUGGCUACACAGCCGCUGACCUCGCUGAUUACAACGGGCAUAGCCACUGCGCCAAGUACCUCCGCACCGUCGAGAACAUGAGCGUGGAGCACAGAGUCCUGUCCCGAGACCCCUCGGCCGACCUGGAGUUCAAACAGCCCGAUUCCGGCAUGUCUUCCCCCAACACGACCAUGUCUGCGCAGCAGGCGCACUUCGACCUCGGGUCGCCCACCAGCACCCUCUCCAACUACGAUUCCUGCAACUCGAGCCAAUCAAGCACUGGGGAGAAGAGGAGCAGCCAGCCGGGGGGGGGACCCGAGACGACAAUCACGGACAUGCAGACGUACAUGGACAUGCUCAACCCCGAGAUCCGGCCGAGCGAUGGCAAAAGGGAGGGCGAGGCGCCCCUGCCACCUCCCCCUAGCUUCCCCCCUCCUCCUCCACCCCCCAACUCCAAGCUUCCCCCGCCUCCUCCCGGCUACCCAGCGCCAGAGCCCCCCGAGGCCCAGCACACGGCGGAGAUGUAUGUGCAAGCGAAAAACAACCUGCGCCACGUGGAGAGCGAGGUGCUGAAAAAAGAGUUAUCGUCACACGACAGCAGCCUGGAAGGCCUCCGGCGGGUCGACUCCAGCAGGAAAUCUAGGAACUUCAGCAAGCAGCCCAGCACCGGGGAUUACUACAAACACCUCGACAACAGUGCGGGGGAGCAGCCUGGCAGCUGGAAGAUGGCGCACAGCGAGGAGGCGUCUCUUCUUUCCAACGACAACGUGCACAAUGGGAGUGCGGCUGAGAACAAGCCCUCUGGGGAGAUGACGCCCCCGCCCCCUCCCCCUCCGCUUCCUGAGAACAUCUGUCCUCCACCCCCACCCCCUCCACUGCCAACGGAGACUCAGGUGCCCUCUUUCAGCCAGCGCCGCUCGUCCUCUUCCACUGGAAGUUGCAAGUCGUUCAAUAUGAUGUCCCCAACCGGUGACAACUCCGAGCUGCUGGCAGAGAUCAAGGCUGGGAAGAGCCUCAAGCCGACUCCGCAGAGCAAAGGCCUCACCACUGUCUUCUCAGGCAGCGGCCAGCCAGCGUGGCCCCCCGAGGCAGGGCUGCUGACGCUGACCCCACCAACCACGCCCGAUGCAGCCUCCGUCCCCAGGGCUGCCAGCUCCCCUGAGCCAGUCGUCAACGGCAACUCGCCGCUCAUGGCCUCGGUGCAGCCCAGCCAGCUGGACAUCGAGGCCCUGAUCCCCACCCACGACGAGCAGGGGCGGCCCAUCCCCGAGUGGAAGAGGCAGGUGAUGGUGCGGAAGCUGCAGAUGAAGAUUCAGGAAGAGGAAGAGCAAAAGCGCAAGGAGAAGGAAGAAGAAGCUCGCUUGGCCACCAUGCCAGCCUGGAGGCGAGAGAUCCUGCGGAAGAAGAUGGAAGAGGAAAGAGAGCAAAAACGAAAAGAGCAAGAAAAAUUGAAGCGCGAAGAGGAGGCGAAGGAGAAAGCGCAGUCAGAAAAGCUAAGGACUCUUGGGUACGAUGAAACAAAACUAGCCCCCUGGCAAAGGCAAAUUAUUCUCAAGAAAGGGGAUAUAGCAAAGCAUUAGGCGCUCCAUAUUCCCGCUCUCCUCUUGGGAAUGUAAGAACUUUCUUCCUUAACGUGAGCUGUUCAGUAGGUCAAGGAGGGGCAGCUGCUCUUUCCCACUGCAGACACUACCAGCUGAAAAGUCAUUUACUACUGAAUGGCCUAGCUAGUGUCCAUCCCUCUAAUGAAACAAAUGCAACGCGUGUAACCACUAACAUCACAGAGAACGCUGUCCCUGUCUAGCAACGCCCCGGUGGUCCGCAUCCAUAAACAACUUAGCUUGAAAGAGUUUUAGGGCAUGGGAAAGGUUUUCAAAAGUGGAACUCACAAGUGAAACUAAGUCAGUGAGUAGCGGUGUAUGGGAUCAAAAGAAACUCCUCCGUGACUGUAAAUAUGGUCGACUCUGUAGACGGUUCUGUUCCACAUAAAACCUUCCCUCCACCUUAAUACUGAACAGCAUUCCUUUAAGUGUCUCCUUGCCCAGCCUUUCCACUCCCUGUCAGUCAUUUGUUUACCAUAAACUAUACUUUUACCAGGAAUAGUGGAGAUCCUACAAGGCUAUGCAGACAAGCUGAAUGUGGGUUUAUGAAUGUUGUGUAUAUAGAGAGUCAGUUGCUACUAGUAUCUGUUCCGUUGGUGCCCUGUAGAUGCUGGCAUAUAGACCAUGCUUGGGUGUCAUUUUCAUUUUGCAAAAUGGACAUUUUAAAAGAAAAUUUAUGGUUAAAAACAGUUCUGUGCCCCUGUCGGGCUGAUGCGAGCCGUUUCUUCAGCUGCCAUAUUACGUCUAGCCCCUGCUCCUGCAUUGGCACCAUUGCCAGUAGAGCAGGGGGGGGUCGUUCUGUUUUCUAUACGUUUUUGUCACGUGUUUCCUGGAGCUUCUAGAGGGAGAUUUUCAGCUUGUUUCUGACCUAGAACUUCUAUGUCUUCACCAAUAAAAC